ACAAAACAAAAAUAAACAAAAAUUUAAAUUCUUGACAAUUUUAUUGUAAACACUCAAAAUUUAACUCCCGAAAAAAAAAGAAAAUACAAACCAACAACACACCAAAAUUUAGAGUCUACCUUGCUAUGCAAUGGUAAGUGGCAAUUGCAAGAAUCCUCUUCAGCUGCCACUGCGGAUGUGAAUGAAAUGGCAUUGCGUCAGCUUCUCUUGAAACCUGAACAUCCUAUUCUCACCAUUAUCAGUUAUAGAAUAGCUGGCAAACGCAGCUUAUACCGCAAUGCAAAGGCACUGAAGGCAGAUUCGGGUAACCAAUAUCACAAUCAUUCAUCAAUACCGCAUUACAAUCGAAAUCUGGAGGCAGCUAGGAAGAAUGCUCGAAUUGUUGUGAUUGGUGCCGGAUUGGCCGGCCUUUCAGCGGCUCAGCAUUUGCUCUCGCAUGGAUUUCGCAAAUGCCUGGUGCUAGAGGCAACCGAUCGCUAUGGCGGCAGGAUUAAUUCGAAGAAAUUUGGCGACACUUUCUGUGAAUUGGGCGCCAAAUGGGUUAACAUCGAUGGAUCUCAUGAUUCCACCUACGAACUCUUAAAAAAUGCCGAAGGUCUUGGCAAACAGAUCAAGGAGAAGGAGAAGGUCCAGUAUGUGCAUGAGGAAAAGCAAGUAAAUCCAGUCAUGGUUGAGCUAAUCGACACACUAUUUCGACAACUCUGCGGUGGUCUAAAGGUGAAGGACACUUUGAAAAAGGGCAACGAUCUGCACGCCUUGGAUAAUGUCAUGGCCUAUUUUCAAAUGGAGAGCAAUAAAAUAAUUUCAAUAUCCUACAAAGAUCCAGCCGAAAAGCAGACAGCACAAGAGAUAUUCCAAUCCCUUUUCAAGGAGUUCAGUAGCAUUUUUGGUUGUUGCCUAGAAAAUGUGAAUAUUGAGCAAAUAACCAGCUAUCCAGUCGUCCAGCAAGAACAGCAUCCGAUAUAUGUGCCCACGGGAUUGGAUAAUGUGGUCAACGAACUAAAGAAGAAUCUGGACGUUGAUCAACUGCAAACGGGCAAGCCAGUGGGCAAAAUUGAAUGGAUUGGACACCCAAUGUUGGGUGAAUUCAAAAGUGUAGGAUGCCUAGAUGGUAGUCUCUAUAAGGCCGAUCAUAUUAUAUGUACUCUCCCAUUGGGUGUUUUAAAGAAUUUCGCUGGUAUCCUCUUUAAUCCAACGUUGCCCUUGGAUAAGCUCUUAGCCAUACGAAAUUUAGGCAAUGGCAAUCCCGUCAAGAUAUUCGUCUCCUAUAAGAAACCAAUUAGUCGUUGGUUUAAAUCUAAUAUGAGGCCACUGAGCUGCUCAGUAACUAGCGAUACAUCCAAUAAUCAACCGGAACGUAAUUGGACUCAACAAGUUGUGGAAAUCUCUCAAUUGCCCACCAGUCAACAUGUGCUGGAAAUUCGUAUUGGUGGUGGUUAUUACGAUGAGAUCGAGAAAUUGCCAGAUUCCAAUUUAGUAGAAGAAAUUACAGCUCUAUUGAGAAAGUGUAUACGCAAUCAUCUAGUACCCUAUCCACAGGGUCUGCUACGUUCCUACUGGAAUUCAUCAGCCUGCUAUCUAGGCGGACGUCCCUAUUUCUCCAUCUCGAGCAGUGCCAGAGAUGUGCAACGUUUGGCCGCUCCUCUAGGUGAACCGAUUCCAUCGCUUCUCUUUGCUGGUGAUGCCACCACUUUACAUGGCUUCGGCACAAUCGAUGGAGCCCGAACUAGUGGAAUAAGGGAAGCUCAACGCAUCAUUGACUAUUAUACCAUGAAGCAGUGCAAUUGAUUCAAGUAAAGUUAAUGUAGACAAAAGCUAGUCAAAAUUUAUAGUUACAAUUAAUAAAGUUUAUUUUUUUAAGCAGA